GGCGGGGCGGGCAGAGCGCGGGGGCUGCUCGGCGCGGAGCUGCGGGCGGCUGCCAUGGAGGGGCUUGCGGGUGGUGCCCCCGUGGCCAUCGCCGUGGUGGUGGUCGCUGCAUCUGCCCUGCUGCUGCUGCUGCUCAGAGGGACGGGGCGCAGGGCGGGCGGCCUCGUUACCUUGCAGGACCCACUGGCUAAAUACCCGCUGCAGCUGGUGGACAAAAAGGAAAUCAGCCAUGAUACCAAGAAAUUCCGGUUUGGGCUACCUUCACCAGAUCAUGUAUUAGGAUUACCUGUAGGCCAGCAUGUUUACCUUUCUGCAAAAAUUGAUGGCAAUCUGGUGAUUCGAGCCUAUACCCCAGUUUCCAGUGAUGAGACAAAGGGUUAUGUUGAUUUAAUUAUCAAGGUUUACCACAAAAAUGUCAAUCCCAAGUUUCCAGAAGGUGGGAAGAUGUCGCAGUACCUUGAUAACAUGAAGAUUGGAGACAUUAUUGACUUCAGAGGGCCAAAUGGGCUCCUUGUCUAUAAGGGGGCAGGUACCUUUCUUAUCAAGCCUCAUAAGAAGUCUGAAGCAGAGAAAAAGUUUGCAAAGCAUCUUGGGAUGAUAGCUGGAGGAACAGGAAUAACUCCUAUGUUGCAGCUGAUUCGUCAGAUCACAAGUGAUCCUAAGGAUUCCACAAAAUGUUACCUCCUUUUUGCUAAUCAGACAGAAAAAGAUAUAUUGCUGAGAGCUGAGCUAGAAGACAUUGCUAAGAAGCAUCCUGAGCAGUUCACACUGUGGUACACACUGGACAGACCUCCACAAGAUUGGAAGUACAGUUCUGGCUUCGUCACUGCAGACAUGAUUAAAACCCACCUCCCUUGCCCCAGCAGCGAGACGCUCAUUCUCAUGUGUGGGCCACCACCUAUGAUUCAGUUUGCAUGUCAGCCCAACCUGGACAAACUUGGCUAUCCAAAGGGCAGUACAUUUGCCUAUUAACACUGAUGGCAUCUGAUACCUUUUUAUUUUCCUGAUCCCUUUUGGACUCUUCCUGUUUUCUGGAGACAGUGGAGACUGUGGACCUGAAUCUGUUCCCGAAGAAAGAGGUGAAAGCUCAUCUGAGGUUACUGUACCAUCCAUAUUCUCCGUUUCUCCUGGGAUAAGAACAGUAAUACAGUCACAUUUUAUAGUCAUUAUUAACAAAGCUGUUAUCUGGGAGACUACUGUUUAAAUGCAGAACAUAAUAAAAAUGUAAAGGUAUCUAUAAAAUUGUUCUUGUAUUAAAAAAAACAAAACAUGCACAGAAGGUGAAAAAAAUACUAGCUGUACAUUUGAUACAAAAAAUAAAAUAAUAAAACAUUAGGUAAAAUA